CCCCAUGAAAAACCCAAAGCACCAUAACUCAACCUAGUUAUGCGCAUUGCGCCUAUUUCGUCUUCUACUGUUACUUCCUUUUCUCCUUCAUCUUUCUGGCCACUCUGUGCCACCUCUUGUUUUUUCUCCAAUUUUUCUAGUGGCACCGCACCACCAGCACAUCAUAUCGCAUCGUCCUCUACCACUGGCAACAUGAAGCUCCCGCUGUUCGCCGUUGCGCUGCUGGCGCUCGUCGCCGUCGCCUUCGCUGAACCCGAACCCGAACCCUGGGGAGGUGGAUUCCGUGGUGGAUACGGUGGCGGAUUCGGUGGUUUUAGAGGAGGCUAUGGAUUUGGCCGCAAGAAGCGUUCUGCUGACCCUGAGCCCGAGCCUGAAGCCCUAGGUGGAUUCCGUGGUGGAUACGGAGGAGGAUUUGGUGGAUUCGGUGGCGGAUUCGGUGGUUUUAGAGGAGGCUAUGGAUAUGGCCGCAAGAAGCGUGCUGCUGAACCUGAAGCCCUGGCUGAAGCUUACCCCGAGCCUGAAGCUCUGCCAUGGGGUGGUGGAUUCCGUGGUGGAUACGGUGGAGGAUUUGGUGGAUUCCGUGGUGGAUUUGGUGGUGGUGGAUUCGGAGGCUACGGAUACGGCCGCAAGAAGCGAUCUGCUGACCCUGAGCCCGAGCCUGAAGCCCUGCCCUGGCGUGGUGGAUUCCGUGGAGGAUACGGUGGUGAAUUUGGAGGAUUCGGAGGAGGCUUCGGAGGAUUCCGUGGUGGUUAUGGAUAUGGAAAGUAGAUAUUGGAAGGACGGCUAAACAAAUUUUAUCGUUAUUCGUCAACUGGCUAAAUGGAUACCCUGUACCUGCGAUAAUAAAUGAAAAAUUAACA